UCGCAUUGUUGAACCCCAGUACAGUCAGUCCACUUGAACUGUGCUUUCCUGAUCCCCAGAAAAUUUGUACUGACUGAAUAAGAACAUUGACUUUCAGCUUGGUACAUCGAUCGUGAAGUUCAUGUCGCCACAGACCUAGUGCUAAGAGCUUAGUUAGAGCGCGUGUGAGCCCUGAGAUAGAAGGGUCUCUCUUUGAGGCUGGCAGAGAAUCUUGGUGUUGCCAGACUGGUGACGAUUGCUGAGCAGUCAGAACCAUGAGUGGACAUCGGCCAACUGAGGUCAAGAAGCGGAAAGUUCAGCAUGUCAUUGGAGUACCCAGUCCAACGCCAGAUGCUCCCGAGGAGGAAGAAGUGCGACGCCGGCAAUUGCAUGUGGUACGCGACUCCCUGCUCCAUACCGGCUCUGGAUUUGGCAACUAUCGUGGCCUGCUCAACUGGCUCUUGUUACUACUGAUCCUCUCCAAUUCCCGGCUGGCAUUGGAUAAUCUAAUAAAAUAUGGUAUCUUGAUAGACCCCGUACAAUGGCUGUCUGUAUUCUGGGAGGACCCAUAUCGCUGGCCCUGCACUAUGUUAUUACUUGGCACAUCCGUCUUCGUGCAGAUGAUGUACUGCACUGAACUUCUUGCAGAGAAACGCUACCUGUCCAGCUCUGUGGCCGCCUUUCUCCAGCGCCUGCAGCUGUUCAACCUGCUGCUCUUUCCCUCCGUGGGUGUCAACAUUGUCAAGACGAACCCAUUCGCUGCUAUGUUGGUGAUGGUAACCUACACGGUGUUGUUCAUGAAACUCUGGUCCUACUCUGACGUCAACCGCUGGUGUCGUCUAGAGAGGGAGAAAUCCCAAUCUCCCAAGAAGACCCAGGCUACGAAGAAGCCCAAGGCAAGCUCCAAGUCUGAAGUGGCUGACAAACCAGUCACCGAUGAGAAGGAUCACCCGCUUGUCAAAUACCCUGACAACUUGAACAUCACCGAUCUGUGGUACUUUAUCGUCGCUCCCACUCUGUGUUAUGAGCUGAACUUCCCCCGGUCACCGCGCAUCCGCAAGCGCUUCUUGAUGAGGCGAUCGAUUGAAGUGGUUGUGCUGGGUAAUGUCCUCCUUGGUCUUGGUCAACAGUGGUUGGUGCCAACUAUUAUGAACUCAAUGGAGACUUUCAUUGAAAUGAGCUACAGUCGCAUGGUUGAGCGCAUUCUUAAACUGGCGAUUCCCAACCAUCUCCUCUGGCUAGUAUUUUUCUACUGGUUCUUCCAUGCGUUCCUGAACGUCACUGCAGAGCUACUGCGCUUCGGGGAUCGCCAAUUUUACAAGGACUGGUGGAAUGCUGGAUCAAUGGAACGUUUCUGGUCCACCUGGAACAUCCCAGUGCACAAGUUUGCCAGACGUCAUAUCUACCAGCCGUUGAUGGAAGAAGGCUUCUCUAGGAUCACGGCAACGGUUGUUGUCUUCCUGGUCUCUGCUUUUUUCCAUGAGUUUCUUGUCAGUGUACCGCUGUCAAUGUUCCGCACCUGGGCGUUCAUUGGCAUGGCCUUGCAGAUCCCGACAAGUUUAUUCUGCAGCCAUGUGUUGGGCGGCGGUAACUGGGGCAAUGUGGUCAUGUGGCUGUCGCUCAUCCUUGGCCAGCCCAUCGCCGCCCUGAUGUAUGUGCAUGACUAUCUAAUCUUGCAAGGCCUGCUGGGACCUAAUGCCGCUGUGAACAGCUCUGAUCCAGGUGCUACCAGCUAGCGUCUUGCUUCUCAACACUUGCCUAUGGUCUCUUUUCAAUUUUACAACUUUAGUCAAUCGAUUUUUACUACUUGCACGGUGCCUCGUAUGAAUACUGUCAAACGAUUUUAUAUUUUCAGUCUAGAAUUACUCCUGAUCUGUGUUGCUUGAUGUUGGCGUGUCUGGCCGUCCGUGUGUUAGUUAUAGUGUUCACGGCCUUUUGUGCUUUCUCUGUCUGCCGUCCUGACCUAACUAGUUAGCCACCCGUUACCAGUUGUCAGCCCCGCCGCAUGCUUUUCUUUGCAUCAUCUCUUAGCUCUGUUCUUCCAGAGGUUGUCUCUGUCAGCCCAGCUACAUUGUACGGUCACAGUUCUCUCUGAUGCAUCUAUAUUAAAUUUUUGUUAUAGAUGCACCAAGCCAGGGUGUGCUACAACAGCACUCCAGUACUACGA